AGCCCAGUCCCGGUCUCAGUCUCGUCUUGGUCUCGUCCCUUCUCUGCACUAUAUUUGAUUAGGAAUUUGGGGGCGGGCCUUGGCCUGGCACCGAGGCGCACACUCUCUCUCCCUCUCUGUCUCUCACUCUCUCUCUCUCUGUCUCUCUCACACAUUCUCCUACCCGAGGAGGCCAGACAGGGGGACGUGGUCAUUCUCUGAAAGGUUCAACUUGAGAGACAGAAUGCAGUGGCUGUCCGUCCUGCUGCUGGCAGGGCUCUGCUCCCUCUCCUGGGCCCAGUAUGACGAAGACCCUCACUGGUGGUUCCAGUACCUCCGCAGCCAGCAGUCCACCUACUACGAUCCCUAUGACCCUUACCCAUACCCGUACGAGCCCUCGGAGCCUUACCCAUACGGGGUGGAGGAAGGGCCAGCCUAUGCCUAUGGCUCCCUGCCCCCACCAGAGCCCCGUGACUGUCCCCAGGAAUGCGACUGUCCCCCCAACUUCCCCACAGCCAUGUACUGUGACAACCGCAACCUCAAGUACCUGCCCUUCGUCCCCUCCCGCAUGAAGUACGUCUACUUCCAGAACAACCAGAUCACCUCCAUCCAGGAAAGCGUCUUUGACAAUGCCACGGGGCUGCUGUGGAUCGCUCUCCAUGGCAACCAGAUCACCAGUGACAAGGUGGGCAGGAAGGUGUUCUCGAAGCUGAGGCACCUGGAAAGGCUGUACCUGGACCACAACAACCUGACUCGGAUGCCCGGCCCCCUGCCUCGCUCCCUGCGAGAGCUCCAUCUCGACCACAACCAGAUCUCCAGGGUCCCCAACAAUGCUCUGGAAGGGCUAGAGAACCUCACAGCCUUGUACCUCCACCACAACGAGAUCCAGGAAGUGGGCAGCUCCAUGCGUGGCCUCCGGUCCCUAAUUUUGCUGGACCUGAGUUACAACCACCUCCGGAGAGUGCCUGACGGGCUGCCCUCGGCCCUCGAGCAGCUGUACCUGGAGCACAACAAUGUCUACACCGUCCCCGACAGCUAUUUCCGGGGCUCACCCAAGCUGCUAUAUGUGCGGCUGUCGCACAACAGUCUCACCAACAGCGGCCUGGCCACAAACAGCUUCAACGCCAGCAGCAUCCUGGAGCUCGAUCUCUCCUACAACCAGCUGCAGAAGAUCCCCCCUGUCAACACCAACCUGGAGAACCUCUACCUACAAGGCAACAGGAUUAAUGAGUUCUCCAUCAGCAGCUUCUGCACCGUGGUGGACGUCAUGAACUUCUCCAAGCUGCAGGUGCUGCGUCUGGACGGGAACGAGAUCCAGCGCAGCGCGAUGCCCGUCGAUGCCCCCCUCUGCCUGCGCCUCGCCAGCCUCAUUGAGAUCUGAGCGGCCCUCGCAGUGGGCCCCCGCCGCCCCCUGUGUUUGGCUUGACGGUUCGGUUUGGCUUUUGUUGGAAGGUCUGGGACAACCAUGUGGCACAAGCCCAUGGGCUCCUCUUUAGUCUCUUCCUAUAGGCAGGGUUAGGUGGCAUCAGGGGCCCGGCGGGCUUCUGCCCAGGACUCAGGCACAUGCUUUCUGUUCCCCAGGGGACAUAAGUAGUGGGGGAGGAGUCCUCCCUGGAAGUCCCAACCCCAGAAUCUCACUCCUUUAAAUUCUCCCUGCUGCUCUGCCAUCAGGGAACUUUCAGCAUUGCCUGAACAAUAGCGCCUAAGCGUCGUUUUCAAGCAGUCUCUGAUCCUGUCUGUGCACAGCACUUGGUAGCUUUCUGCAUGUGCUGGGCUGGCUGUGCCCCUACUCUGAGCUCCUAUUCAGUGCUCCUCAAAAUAUACCUCUUGCCCAGCCACCUCCUCUUCACCCUGCCCUUCUUCACGGGUACCCCUUCUGUGCCUUCUGCAGUCAGGAGACCCCAUCACGAGGGCACCUGCCCAGCCCCCUGUGGAGAGAACCCACACUUUUGUCCGAGGCUAAGAAGACGCUGAGAAUCACCACUCCACCCUCCUACCCCUCACCUUUUGAAAGCCACCGGGUUGGAGGUCAUGAUAGUAUUGCUGGCCUGAUGUCAAAGAGCCAACCUCAGGCUUAGCUAAACUUUGGCGGCCAGAUUUUAGCAGCUGGGCAGCUCUUGAAAGGUGGGUCAGAUUCCUAAGGAAGAAAGGCCAGACUUGGUUAUCACCAGCGCCCACACUGGCUGCAAGUGCACCUCAAAUUGACCAAACUGAAGGGGCAGCCUCAGCAGUUUCUUUCUUGCCUGAUCCACUCUGCAUCCCCCUAGCUGGGUCUUUAUCCUCGGUGGUGGAGGCCUCAUGGUUUCCAAAGCCUGAGAAAGCUAGUUUGCCCUCUCUUUUGACCCAAGCAAGAGGUUUUAUGUACCCAUGGUAGAGACAGAUUCCAACCAGCCCGGGACACGGGCCAGGGAAGAUGGGGAAGAUAGGGCUCAUCUGUAUUAACGGAUUUGUCCCAAGGUGGGGCUCCAGGGUGUCUGCUGGAGGUACUCCAUGCAGUCUGAAAAGUGCAGGCCGGGUCUCACCACCCUGCUUUCUUUUCUUUUUUUUUUUUUUUUUUUGGUACCAGAAAUCAAAUUCACAACCUUGCGCUUGCCAGGCAGGCGCUGUGCCUCUGAGCUAAAUCCCCAGCCCCCACCCACCCAGCUUUCAUCUCUCUGAACUACACUGCAUUUUUUGAAGAUGCCUUUGCUUUAUAGCUUGACUGGGGAGCAGUUAAUUUGCACUUCCAUAAGGCAAGGCUGUCUGGCCUAACCUGCCCGCUUCUUUGGGUGCAAAGGGAUGAGCCAUCAACCUGGGCAGCCAGGGGCAAGGACCAGCUGAGGAGACCGGCCCGCUCCAGUCUGUGCCCAGCCCAUUACACAACCGAUUCUGUGUCUGCUUGGGAGCAGCUUCCUGAAAAGGGAAGGGGGUCCCUCAAGCUGUGCUUGGCUCCAGACCCUGCAAUCCACAAAAGCCAAAUCAGCACAUUUCAACCAGGGAGAUCGGACCGGAGGGGUGAGGCUGCCCCCUGACCCCGCCCCCUGCCCUGGGCUCUGCUGGCAGCAUCUGCAUGUGGACACCAUUGUGCCUCUACACAGGCUCUGUUACGGGAGACGCAUGCGUGGCGGCCAACCUGACCAAUAAAGUAUUGUACACUUGCAGCCGCGGGCGUGGCAUCAGUACGGUCGGCCCGCCACACACAGGUGUGCCUAGGGGACCUAGUGAAGUUCCCCAGGCUUUGAUCUAUCCAGGCUAUUUUUACCUAUUCUCUUUUUCUUUUUUUCCUUAUUCUAUCCGAGCAGAUGCAGUUUAACAACCCCCCCGCCCCCAAAAAAAUCUUGCAUAAAAUCUCUAGUUAGCAAA